GAGAAGGGAGGGGAGCGUGGGGCUGGGGGCGGGAAGAUGGUUUAACCGUCGACCCCGUGAAACGUCACCUUGUCUCCCUACCAGGAAGCCGACUGAGCCAAGGGGAAGACCGAGGACAGAUAUGAAUGUGUUCCCUCGCCCUCCUGCUGGUUUCUGGCAUUCUCCGAACCCCUGUGCCCCGGCUCUUCCUGACCACGAUGCCCCGCGGAAGCCGGCUCUGAAGGCGAGUCCCGAUGAAGACUGUGUGUCCUGAUGGUGUCCCUGGCCAGCUUGGUUGCUGCCUUCCUGACCGCCGCCAUCCGCCACGCACAGACGUCUCCCAGCGGAAAUGCCUCGCCAGGUUCCAUUCCUCUGAGCAGUGAAGUGAGGCGGCCUCAUGGACAGAAGCCCUGAAGAACUCUCCGGGGAGAAGUGAGUAUGGUUUUUACUCACAGAAUGGACGCCCAAAAGCUGCCUCUGGUCCUUCCCACGGUCCUGGGGCCCCUCCCCAACCACAGCUGCACGGAGCCUGCUGUGCCCCAGCCAAGCCAGGACCUGGGGGCGCUGCAGGAGGAGCCGGGCUGGGGGGCCAAUGGUACCGACACGCAUCUCCGCCUGCAGCCCGGCGAAGUGGCCACUGCCAGCGUUUUUUUCGGGACCCUAUGGCUGUUUUCCAUCUUUGGCAACUCCCUGGUUUGCUUGGUCAUCCACCGGAGCCGGAGGACGCAGUCCACCACCAACUACUUCGUGGUGUCCAUGGCGUGUGCCGAUUUGCUCAUCAGCGUGGCCAGCACGCCCUUUGUCCUGCUACAGUUUGCUACGGGCCGGUGGAGCCUGGGCAGCGCCAUGUGCAAAGUCGUGCGCUACUUCCAGUAUCUCACACCGGGCGUGCAGAUCUACGUGCUCCUGUCCAUCUGCAUCGACCGUUUCUACACCAUCGUCUACCCGCUGAGCUUCAAGGUGUCCCGAGAGAAGGCCAAGAAGAUGAUCGCGGCCUCGUGGAUCUUUGAGGCCGCCUUUGUCACCCCUGUGUUCUUUUUCUACGGCUCCAGCUGGGACCACCAUUGCAACUAUUUCCUCCCUUCCUCCUGGGAAGGCACCGCCUAUACCGUCCUCCACUUUCUGGUGGGUUAUGUGAUCCCGACCGUCCUCAUCAUCUUGUUCUACCAGAAGGUCGUCAAGUAUAUCUGGAGAAUCGGCGCUGAUGGCCGCACUGUGAGGAGGACGAUGAACAUUGUCCCGAGGACAAAGGUGAAAACGAUUAAGAUGUUCCUCAUUCUAAACCUGCUCUUUCUGCUCUCUUGGCUGCCUUUCCACAUCGCCCAGCUCUGGCACCCGCCUGAACGGGACUAUCAGAAAAGUUCCCUGGUUUUCACAGCGAUCACGUGGAUAUCGUUCAGUUCCUCUGCCUCGAAACCGACUCUGUAUUCAAUUUACAAUGCCAAUUUCAGGCGAGGAAUGAAGGAGACCUUUUGCAUGUCAUCUAUGAAAUGCUACCGAAGCAAUGCCUAUACCAUCACGACCAGUUCCAGGAUGGCCAAAAAAAACUAUGUGGGCAUUUCAGAAAUGCCUCCCACGGCCAAAAUUAUAACCAAAGACUCCAUCUAUGAUUCAUUUGACAGAGAAGCCAAGGAAAAAAAACUGGCUUGGCCCAUUAACUCAAAUCCGCCAAAUACUUUUGUCUAAGUUCUUGGAAUUCUUUGAAUCACUGUUAAUGUGCCAGAGAUUAAAAAGCUUUAUG